AAUUCUCUUUAUGGUAAAAAAAAACGGGAAACCACAAAUAACAAAAAAAAAACAUUAAUAUUUUUAGUCUCUUUGUGGUGUACACUCUUUUUGGAUUUGAAGCUUUUGUUUUCUCUCACAAACUCACUCAUCCUUUCCACCACUAGAACAACCCAAGAACAUUGAAAGUGUAGAAUGGCUUCCAUGAUUGCAACCUUGCCACCACCAUUGCUACUUCAUCAUGGUAGAAAAUCAUUUUCAGGGAAUUUCCAAAAUUUCCCUGUUUCUCUUCUUGCAGGAAGACGGAAUAGCGGUGCAUUUGUUGUGAAUGCAUCUGGAGAAAGUUCUGAAUCCUCAACUUCACUUACUGUUCUCAAAUCUGUUCAGAAUGUUUGGGAUAAACCUGAGGACCGGUUGGGGCUAAUCGGUUUGGGCUUUUCAGCUGUAGUAGCAUUUUGGGCAUCGACAAAUUUAAUAGCGGCCAUUGACAAAUUGCCAGUUAUCCCGAUUUCGUUGGAACUAAUUGGAAUACUUUUCUCAACGUGGUUCACUUAUCGCUAUCUCUUAUUCAAGCCUGACCGGGAAGAACUUUUCCAAAUCUUGAACAAGUCAGCUUCAGAUAUCUUGGGCCAGUAAGAUGUGAUGCUGAAAUGUUGCUCCAGAUUAUGAUUUUAAGCGCAGAUUAGUAUUAAUCAGCGGCAAAAAGUUCACUCCUAUGUCAAAUUACAGUUCAAGUACAUAAAUGAAUUGAAGCUUAUGUCCACUAUGUUAACUUUGUGUACAAAAUUUGAAAAGACUUAAAUCGAUGGUUAAAUUGAUCACUA